UACGUUCAAACUAUUUGCUUUGUUUGAGUCUUUAGCAACUGCUUUUUUGUUUUUUUAUUUCUUUUGCGGCCGCUGGGCGAAUUUGUCUCGCAAAUACUGGGAUUCAUUGCUUAUUCACAGUAUUCCGGCUCUUGCGAUAGAGUGACUUUUACAAAACAAAACUCAUAUUAUAGAGGAAGAGAUAGUGGGGAUUGACAAUUGUGUCAAGUAUGGACGUUUCAAAACUUGAAGAAACGCAGAAUGAAAACCACAAUUCUCGUGAUGAAGCUGCGGGGGUUGAUGGAAACGAAACACACACGAAAGGAACCUCGCGGUUUCGGGCAUUCUUAAAGUUCCAUUUGAAGGAGAACCACAAGUCGAAGUUCUCCUUUCGGAGACGAAAGAAGAGUGACAGUGAAGGUACUGACGAGACUACGACGACAGCGUCAGCUGUGAAUGCCGAUAAUGGUUCUGGAGCAUCCGGUGCAUCCACAACCGAACAAGCUUCUGCUGUUCAAUCCAAUGUUGCUUCAGGAGAUGUAUCUGCAAAGUCUCAGACACCACUUGAGUCUCCGGCAGAACAUUCGCAGCAAGACUCUAGCACGAACUCCUCGACGCCAUCACUUACCGCUGCUGCUGCUCCUGCCCACGGAAAAGAGAAAGAAAAGAAAGAAAGACGACACUUCUUCCGUAGAAGAAAAGACUCGAACAAACUGCAUUCAGACCAAAAGAUUGAUUUCAGUGGCCAUAAUCAUGAAGAUCAGCAACUUACAUUCAAGUCACCUGUGACCUUGCAACCCACUCCCCGCAGUCGGACGUAUUCGUCGAAUUCCAUCAAAAUUUGCGAUGUUGAGGUAGGUCCGAGCAGCUUCGAAAAGGUUUUCUUGCUUGGCAAGGGUGAUGUCGGUCGUGUUUACUUAGUGCGGGAAAAGAAGACUGGAAAACUGUUUGCUAUGAAGGUUCUUAGCAAGGUGGAAAUGAUCAAACGAAACAAGAUUAAGCGGGCGCUUGCUGAACGUGAGAUUCUCGCUACCAGUAACCAUCCAUUUAUCGUCACGCUGUAUCAUUCAUUCCAAUCCCAGGAAUACUUGUACUUGUGCAUGGAGUAUUGUAUGGGCGGUGAGUUUUUCCGUGCACUUCAAAAACGUCCUGGCCGCUGUCUUUCAGAGUCAGAAGCGAAAUUCUACACCGCUGAGGUUACUGCUGCGCUCGAGUAUCUUCACUUGAUGGGUUUCAUUUACCGUGAUCUUAAGCCAGAGAAUAUUCUGCUCCAUGAAUCAGGUCAUAUUAUGUUGUCUGACUUUGAUUUGUCGAAGCAAUCUGAUACUGCUGGCGCUCCCACGGUUGUUCAAACACGGUAUUCGGCUCACAAUAUUCCAGCACUCGAUACUAAGUCUUGUAUCGCCGACUUCCGUACAAACUCAUUUGUCGGUACAGAGGAAUACAUUGCUCCAGAAGUCAUUAAGGGCUGUGGUCAUACUAGCGCUGUAGACUGGUGGACGCUGGGCAUCUUGCUAUACGAAAUGAUUUUCGCUACGACUCCUUUUAAGGGAAAAAAUCGCAACAUGACAUUUUCCAACAUUUUACAUAAGGACGUGGUGUUCCCCGAGUAUAGUGAUGCCCCCAACAUCUCUAACGUUUGUAAAUCACUUAUCCGGAAGCUUCUUGUCAAAGAUGAGAAUGACCGAUUGGGUUCAAAAGCCGGUGCGAGUGAUGUUAAGAUGCAUUCUUUCUUCAAAGAUGUCCAGUGGGCACUGCUUCGUCACAUACAACCGCCAAUUAUUCCUAAACUCAUUGAUACAGACGCCCGCGGCUUGCCAAACAUUGCCCAUAUGAAGGAGAGUAAGAGUCUUGAUAUUACCUAUGCUUCAAGAGCUCCACAGACAUUAGAAGUGCCAUUGGUUUCGAAGAGCGUUACCGACAACGGUGAUGAUCCGUUUACCUCGUUUACAUCUAUUACCGUUCAUCAUGAGUGGGAUCAAUAGCCAUGUGUAAGUUUACAUGGUAAAUAAACGGAACUGAAACGCAGCGGGUAUGUAACGUCAGUUUUCCGAUACAAUACCUCUCUUAUUCUUCUCCUUCUGCUCUUCCAUCCUCAUUUUUUCAUGCAAGUUUGCUUGGAGUAAAACAGCUAUUAAGCACAGACUUUUGAUGCACAAUUUCCCAGGCUUUUCGAUGUUCUCCAGGCUUUGUCUUGGUAUGUCUUACCUUGAUGCUUCAGAUACUUUCAAUCGUGGUCUCUGCGACUCUUUUUUGGUCCAUAUCUGCUUCUUUUGUCAGACAUUUUUUCAACGUACAAACUCAUUCACACUUCCGCACAUAUAUGCAUGCGCAUGAACAAGCAUUCAUUCUCUCCAGCACAUUUACUCACCGACUAUCCUGCUCUCACCUUUUCUUGGAUUCUUGGACUGUUUCAAGAAUAAAGAAAGUGCGGCUUAUCCAACAUACAUCUUGAACCGGCCCUUUUCCCAUCUUUUUUCUCUUCAUUCCGUUCGCUGGUUGAUCUGUUUCUACUUCUACAGCAUCCGUUUAUCGAAAUUUUUUUCCGUCUCACAAAUUGUGAGUCACCAUUACCGGUUUAUAUGAGAAUUGCUGUCUGACAACAGUGUCUUUUUCUUUUUCUAACAGCAACUAUACAUCAGUUCAGUGAUGUCCGUGCUUUUUAGGCCAACUGUAGUUAAGUACACACGCACUAUUUUAUUAAUGAACGAGUUUAUUGAAUUGUUGAUAUAAUAGGUAAAGGAGGGAAACUGUAUAUUUUUAAUUAUUUUGUUGAAUAACAACAUCAAAAACG